AUGGCUGAAGGAGGAGAUGGGGGAGGGAGCGAAGAGCCCCCGCCGAGCCCGGAAUGUCGCGGCGGACAGUCCCUGUCCUCCCCGGGCGACUCCUCGCCAGGUCUCUCCCCCGGAGCGGAACAAAGACGCCGCGAGGAGCGCGUCUGUCCUCGCCUCCCCGCGCCCGCACCCCGCCCUCCGCCUCGCUCGCUGGAGCCCACGCCGCCCUCGGAAACUUUGCAACCAACUUCCCCCCAGAGUUCGCGCGCGCUGCGCAGGGAACAGAAGAAGAAAUGGGGACAAUCGCACGCGGGGACCAGAGAUGCCCCUUGUCCUCAUCCCUCCCGGACGCGGAGGACCACUCCAGGCGCCGCCGGUCCCGGCCCGCGCUCGGGGCGACCCGCGGUGCCAGGGCGAGAGGCACGCAGGUUUCCGCCGCUCCCUUAA